GAAGAUGAUCUAAUGGAUGAGGCGAAAUCGCUGAAAGCGGUAAACAGAGUGGCUUCGCUGGGCUUCUGUUUCGUUAUUUUCAAAAAUUAUCUAUCGGAUUCGUCCAAUUUUUGGCAAAUUUCCAGGGACAAAGCUGCUGAAUUGGAUAAACGUUUGGAUUCGUUGCUGUCCGGAUUUCCGAAUUUCAAAAGUAGCAUUCGCAGUGAAUUGCGAUUUCUUAUUGCUCAAGGCCUUUCAGAUAGCGUAACUUGA